AGAAGCGAAGCUGAUGAAGGCACUUGUGCGUCGCUUCGGCCCUGAGCCUUCAGUCAUUGAAGAGUGUUCCGCUGAUCAGGAAUGGGAGAAGCCAUGUUUGGCGUCCACGGAAGAUACGGCCGUGGCACCGGGUGACUCCGUGAAGGAUACACGCAACAAUUUGAGUGGCAGUGAAGGUCUGGCGAAUGGCCGUGCGGAAAGCAGUCAGCGUGCGGUGGAUGUUUCGAGUUUUAUCCGGUUAUUUAGUGUGGAGUGGUGUCUUACGGAGGAGCAGCAGGCAGAGAAUUCACGGCGCCUUGACGCAUUCUUUCACCCACACCCGGCGCCUCCAUCGUGUCAACCUGCGCCGCUUUUACCCUCCGUUCAAACCUGCGGGGAAACUGUUGAUCCGGACAUAUGGUCGCUGCCGGAGGUCUCUCAGGAAGAGCUGCAGCGAUGGCGAGAAGAAAAGCUUUCGCUGUCUGAUCGUCUCGUAUGGCGGGGGCGGAAAACAAUAAAGCAAGUGAAUAUGCGACGAAUGUAA